UUUUUUUCAAGGGAGAGGAAAUCCUUAGGAAAUGUGUGGGAUCACGCUCUGUGUUUCUUAGUGGCUUGCACGUUAAUGACAAAUUAUUUUAGCGCGAGACGUUAAUUGCGUUUAGUGUCCCUCUUCCGGCUCAAAGACGGGUGCGCUGAGCAACAGCUAAGGGGGGUAAAUCGGCGAAGCGACCGUCGUUAGGUCAAAAUGUCGAUUCAGUACGAAGUGGAACAGCUGGCUGACAGCUACGGGGUUGCGGACUCGUUCCCCAAAGACUUCGGUUAUGGUGAGGAGGAGGCCGACAUCGAGGACAGUCCAGCACCGUCCGACAGUAAACCCCGAAUCCUCCUCAUGGGUUUGAGACGAAGUGGCAAGUCUUCGAUACAGAAGGUUGUGUUCCACAAAAUGUCCCCGAAUGAGACCUUAUUCCUGGAGAGUACCAACAAGAUUUACAAGGACGACAUCUCCAGCAGCUCCUUUGUCAACUUCCAGAUCUGGGACUUCCCCGGCCAGGUUGACUUCUUCGACCCAACCUUUGACUACGAGAUGAUCUUCAGAGGAACCGGGGCUCUUAUAUUUGUCAUUGAUGCUCAGGAUGAUUAUGUGGAGGCUCUGGGCAGGCUCCAUCUCACUGUGUCGCGGGCCUACAGGGUCAAUCCAGAGAUCAACUUUGAGGUGUUUAUCCACAAAGUGGACGGCCUGUCAGAUGAUCACAAGAUUGAAACACAAAGAGACAUCCAUCAGAGAGCCAAUGAUGAUCUGGCAGACGCAAGUUUAGAGAAGCUGCAUCUCAGCUUUUACUUGACGAGUAUUUACGACCACUCCAUCUUCGAGGCCUUCAGCAAGGUGGUGCAGAAGCUCAUCCCUCAGCUCCCCACCUUGGAGAACCUCCUAAACAUCUUCAUUUCUAAUUCAGGGAUUGAAAAGGCCUUCCUUUUUGAUGUGGUCAGUAAGAUCUACAUCGCCACAGACAGCUCGCCCGUCGACAUGCAGUCCUAUGAGCUGUGCUGCGAUAUGAUCGAUGUGGUCAUUGAUGUCUCCUGCAUUUAUGGGCUGAGGGAGGAUGGCAGCGGCAGCGCCUACGACAAGGAGUCCAUGGCCAUCAUCAAGCUCAACAACACCACUGUGCUGUACCUCAAAGAGGUCACCAAGUUCCUGGCCCUCGUCUGCAUCCUGCGAGAGGAAAGCUUUGAACGCAAAGGAUUAAUAGACUACAACUUCCAUUGUUUCCGGAAGGCCAUCCAUGAGGUGUUUGAGGUGGGCGUUUCCACACCGCGCCCCGUUGGCCCUCAGGCGGUGGGCUCGCCUUGCAACAAGGCCGUGGCACUGAACGGCACGCCGCGCAGCACUGUCUAAACUCUGAUGCACAGUAAGAAAUACAGAGACAGCAGAGGAAAGGAAAGACGGAGAACGGUCAGGGAGCCUAUGGAGGAGAGACUACUCAGCUGGGGCUCAUCGGUGCACCAGUUACAAUCCCCUUGCUCCCAGCUACAAAAGCCCAGAGGGGCCUCCAGCCCUGAGAGAGUGGGAGCAGCACUGGAGUUUAGAGGCAUCUGUUUUAGGUGAAUGUAAAGCACUGUGUUGGCUGUGAGGAAGUCAAAAAAAUGUUGAGCUACACCUGGACUACAAAACGGUUCAGGACCUCUCCUGUGGAUUUCCUAAAGCGGCCAAACCUGUGGCAAUUAGCUGCUGGCUCUUCUAUGUGAACCACGUGAGGAGGAACAAUACCUUCUGACCUCUGCUGGACAAACUGUGAUGUCAGGAUCCUGUCUAGUGAUGAAGCCGACCACUUCUGUGCUGAGGGAGAUGGUGGAUGUGAACUGUAAGUCCUAACCCACACAUGUUCAGAGAUGGCCUUAUGUAGAUGAAGCUUGACUGCUGUGCAAGCUUUCUCUCACCACCACUCACCUCACCAUACCUGGAUGCUGCCCAAAACUUGCUUUUUGGUUCCACUUGUGAAAGGAAAACAAGGGUUUGUGACUGAAAAGGGAUUGUGCUGUCCAUCUUACUUGUUGACUGUGUAUGUGUGCAGGCGCCUAUAUGUAUGACUGUGUGUGUAUGUGUGUUUCAAUGGAAGGUUUUGAUUAGACCCCACACAGGCCCCCUGUCUGUAAUCCUUCAUCUGGAUAACAGCAGCGUGGCAGAUUUAAACUCUUCUCAAACAUUAAAACAAAUUUUUGUGUUUAUUCCAAUGAAAAUCAAACAUCUUAUUGGCUUCCUGAUGGUUCUGAAAAGUUGUUGAGCUAGAAAUAUAACUAAGGUCACUACGCGAACACUGCCAAAAGGAUGAAUUAAAAAUGCCAUGAUCACAACUUCAGAGAAAUCUUGUCGAGGUGCAGGACUGACUAGGGAAAUGUUGGGCCUAACAUCUGAACUGGUUGAUACUGCAUGUAUUUAAAUGAACAGCUUUAGUCCUGCGCAAAAUUCAGAAUCUUUUUUUUCUUUGGUGUCUAGUUUGAUCACAAGAGUUCACAUGAACAAAAGGUUUCCAUUCCAAGCAUGCAAACAUCAUCGUGUCGUUAACUUGUGGCGUCCUCAGCCAUAACACUGCUCAUUGUUAUCACAGGGAAAGGUUGAAAUUGAAGCGAGAGAGGUGGAGAAACGACCAAAUUUAAUUGCCCCAGCCAUGACGGCAACACAGGCAACGUCCAUGCCUUGCUGUUUGUUUAUAUGAAAGUCGAGAGAUCUAGAUGAAUAAAGUGACCGGGGGCCAGAGUUAGUAGCUUUGUGAGGUAACCUGGGAUGUGUAUCAGUGUAAACCCUUUGACACUCACAAUGCUUUUUUAUUUUAUUUUGCUAGCUUUGAGCAUCUCAGCAGAUUUUAGUCUACAAAGUUUAAAUGUAUCUCCUCUCAUCAUCUUUAAUAUAUUUUCUUUGGUUUUUCCUGCGGGCAAUGUACAGUUUAAUUCAUCGUUUGGUGCCAACGUCGCCAUUUUAUAGCAAGAAGUCGCACACAAA